GUUGGUGGGGAGUGGGAAAUUCAAAGUGAAGCGAGACCGGCAAAAUACAGGACGGUGGCUUGAGCUCGGAGCAACACAAUGCGAGAUAUCGAAAACGCGGAUAUCUCGAACAAUAUCGGGAACGGAGCUAUGAAUCCGCCGUGUUACGUGAACUGUUUCAAUAAUGCUAGGAAAGCAUCACAAAUCUCUAUGUCGAGUGCGUCUAGUGUGUUCUCCGAUUCCAGUGAUGAGAUGUGGCCGACUUCCAGGAGGGGAUCUGAAGAAGAAACGCUCAAACAAGAAACUAAGAAAUCGACUUUGAGGAGAUGUAGAUCAAUGUCAGAUGGAAGCACAAAACGAUCACUGUCCGACGACACGUUCGAAAUUUUUCCCAGCCUUCCCAACUCCGUUUUAGAAAAAAUGGGUUUACGUGGUAAUAAUCCUAGGGAGAAUUUGACAGAGGAGGAGCAAGAACAAAAAUUUACCAGCCUGUCCCUCGCGUUCACAAUUGAUUCGAGCUCCAUAAAAGAUAGAUACGAACGGCAAAGGCGGCAAAGAGACCAAACGGAAAACAAUCUGUUGGUCGAGUUGGAAAGGCUCAAUCAAAAGAUCAACAAAAUGAAAUAUCUCUGUAUAGAUUUCGAAACGACUGAACUGUUAACUGGUUUAUUGACACAAGUCGAUAUUGUUACGAAGGCGUCGUACUUGGCUAGCAUAUCGGCCGAAAGGUAUGGCGCCGUUCAAUACGAGGAAAAACUGAGCGAUUCUGUUAUGCUGAUGGUUUCGCAUGUCAAUGCUUUGAAACAGCAAAGGGACAAUUCUAAAAGGCAAUUAGAAUAUACCAAAAGAGUUAUACAAGAAACCAAUAUUGACUCGGAAAACAACAACACAUUAAAAAUGCCGAAAAAAUUACCGACACGCGGUGGGAAAUCCGUCACCAGAAGGGCAAGUAUCGCAACAAUAUCCCAGACGGCCGACAUUGUCAGACCUAGCGAAAUUAAAAAAAUCACUAGAAGAAAAUCGGACUUGUCGAUUUGUACAAGUACACCGAUGAGAUCCAACAGACCCAGCCGAUUCGAUCUGAACGUUGAUUUGGUGAAGAUUUCUGAAGGUGUUGUGGAGGUAGAGCACAGUAACGAAGAUUCGGACAGUAGGUUGGAACAAAGUGAUGCCCCUGAGGAAAACGAGGAUGAAAGUUCGGUGACUGAAGAUCCGGGUGAAUAUCAAGUUAAAGAGGCGGUUCCGGUCACAUUGAAGCAAAAAGUCAUGUAUAAAAUAAGGACAAUGGAAAAUAGUUUGGAAAUGAAAUUUAUAAAAUGGUCCAGCUCAUUUACAACAGAGACAUUUCAUUUUUGUGCUAUUAUAUGUUUUGUAUUUAGUUUAGUCAUAAUGGCCAACAUUCUUAUAGAAUUGGAACUUUCAAAAAUGUACAACAACACUUAAUAAACUUAGGAUAUUAUUAAAUGUA